UUGACCUAUUCUCGUGAUUUAAAUUCCUGAUCUUACCGGCAAAAAAUCGAUAACCUGUGAUGAUUCUGUUACCCGGUGUAAUGUUUUGAGGAAGGGCCAACCCAUAUGUCAAAGGAUGUAUGUGGAAGUGGCGUCAUCGCGAUCGUCUGCUUCCGCUGUCCCGCCAUACCCAGGAUAUGAUUUGGAAGACUCUUACCGGGAGCCCGUAUAUGUACCACGUGUCAAGCCGGAGGGUGAAACUUACUACAACCGAAAUCGAGGCUCAGUCGGAAAGUGGGCGUUUGGGUGUUUUACUGAGCGAAGGACACCGCGUCCUGUUCUCAAGUGUCCGACAGAUUCCUGUAAAUCAAACUACCAACAUGGUAAAAACGGAACUAUAAAACCUCUUUUAAAUGGAAAAGCCACACCAAGACCGGAAACUGCACCUCCCCGGAUCAAAUCCGAGGCAGAACCCAUUGCAUCGGUGAGUAGAGGAAAACGUAUGAAGAGAAUCAUACAUAAGUAUGCCCAGUCUGCUCCCACACCUCGUGUACGGAGGGUUAAGCCCGAGGCUGAAGAAAUAGUUGUGCCCCAUAAAGGAGGACGAAUGGAAAAUCUCAUUCACAGUUAUGGAAAAUUGCCCUUGUCUGAUAGGGGAGUUCCGAGGGUUAAACCAGAAGGUGAGAGUAACGCUUACCUUGAUAAAGGUAAACGAAUGAAGACCACGAUUCACAGUCCCAAAAACCCGGGAGCGCCCCCUUCCUCUAGAGCAGUACCGAGGGUAAAACCCGAGGGAGAGGACAAUGCAGAAUUAGACAAAGGAAAAAGAAUGAAUAACUUACUACAUAAGUAUAAUCGUAUGCCAGAGUCCUCUAGAGCUGUCCCUAGGGUGAAACCGGAGGGAGAUCCAAAUUACACGUUAGAUCUUGGAGGAAGGAUGAGCAGAAUCAUGCAUGAACCUCCAAGUUCUCGGCUAGUCUCGAGUGCAGUACCACGUGUUCGAUAUCCUGAAGCGCAAAAAAUAUUAAGAAAGAGUCGAGGACAGAUGGGACGGAUUUUAAGCCAUAUUGGCCGGAAGUCUGUUGUUCCGGUGCCUGGAUACCAGAAGCGACAAUUCGAACGCUGCCCAACUAUGUAGUCCUGAAAAUGUGAACGUCUGAUUGACGUCGAAUUUAACUAUUUUAUGCAGACAUUUUAUAUCUUGUAGAAAAUAUCAUAACAAUCAAGUGCCAGAUGUCUGCAUGUGCAGACAUUUUUGUUUUAUACAAUGUAUUUCGUUUUAUAAGUUUUUAUGGUAUUGAAAAGCAGUAUUAAUCUUCACUUGGUGCUUCCAUGUCAGCGUUUUUUAUAUAUUUUGUUGAAUGUUGAUUGAUGACUAGAAAAGCGUUUAUUUCUUUAAUUUUUGUUUUAUUCGAAAUCAAUCGUUACUACGUUGAACUAAAUAAGUUUUGCACAUAGAUCGAGUUGCUAGAUUUGCAAUUUCUCUAUAGUAAGG